AUGAUUCUGUGUUAUCCGACAAUCUAUGUUCUUUCAGUAGUUGUGUUGGGUGUCAAUGCUCUUCACGCAAAAGAUCCGUUGGCGCAUCACGGAAGAUGCGAACCGAUUACAAUAAAUUUAUGCAUGAACAUUCCGUACAACGAGACAAUUAUGCCGAAUCUAAUGAACCAUCAAAAGCAAGAAGAUGCCGGCCAGGAGGUGCAUCAAUUCGCGCCUUUGGUUAAGAUGAAGUGCAGCCCUGUUCUUCGUUUCUUCUUAUGUACAGUUUACGCGCCUGUAUGCACCAUCAUCGACAGGGCUAUACCCCCGUGCAGGUCAUUAUGUGAGAGUGCUCGUGCAGGAUGUGAACGUUUGAUGAACAGCUUCGAUUUUGCCUGGCCGGACAAUCUUGAUUGUUCCAAGUUACCCGAAAACGGCGGUCCCGAACUUUGCGUGGGUCACAAUGAGACUACACCACCAGAACCGUCACCACCGGCAUAUUCACCACCACUUAUGCCAGUAGCUGAAUUUCAACCGUCCUGGACCGGAGGAGCGAAACCGUACGGUAGCGGCUAUAUGCUCGGUGCCAGGGACUUCGGCUUCGUUUGCCCAAUGCAUUUCAAGGUCCCACAGGAACUCGGUUACUCGCUGAAGGUCGGCGAUAAAGUUGAACCUAAUUGCGGCGCACCUUGCGAUGGAAUGUUUUUUACGGAAAGAGAACGACGAUUUUCAAGGAUCUGGGUUGGUACUUGGGCGUCCGUUUGCGCAGCUUCUUGCUUUUUCACCUUUCUAACGUUUCUCAUUGACACGGAUAGAUUCAGGUAUCCUGAAAGGCCAAUCAUCUUUUUGUCAGUGUGUUACCUUAUGGUAGCAUUGGCAUAUGUUAUUGGUUGGGCAGCUGGAAAUUCUAUCUCGUGCAGAGAACCUUUCCCACCUCCUUUAGAUAUGAGAAUACAAAUGACAUCAACAAUAACACAGGGUACCAAGCAUGAAUUGUGCACUGUGCUUUUUAUGAUACUUUACUUUUUUGGGAUGGCAUCUAGUAUAUGGUGGGUCAUCCUAACAUUGACAUGGUUCCUAGCUGCUGGGUUAAAAUGGGGUCAUGAAGCAAUAGAAGCUAAUUCACAGUAUUUUCAUUUAGCUGCUUGGGCUGCACCAGCAAUAAAAACAGUUACUAUUCUUGCAAUGGGAAAGGUAGAAGGAGAUAUAUUAUCUGGAGUUUGUUAUGUGGGCCUUUGGAAUGUUGAAGCUCUACGUGGAUUUGUUUUGGCUCCAUUAUGUGUCUAUCUUGUCCUAGGAACAGCCUUCUUAUUAGCUGGCUUUGUUUCUCUAUUCCGUAUACGUACGGUUAUGAAACACGACGGCACAAAGACUGAUAAAUUAGAAAAGUUAAUGAUACGUAUUGGCAUAUUUUCUGUACUAUACAUAGUUCCUGCAUUGAUUGUCAUUGCCUGCUUAUUUUAUGAGCAAGCAUAUUUUGACCAAUGGAUGUUGACUUGGAAUAUGGAGAUGUGUUCAAGACCUGGACCACAAGCUUUAUAUUCCAUGCCAUGUCCUGUAGGCGAGCGAACUCGUGACGUUGGAAGGCGACCAGAAUUUGAGGUUUUCAUGAUAAAAUAUUUAAUGGCUAUGAUUGUUGGUAUAACAAGUAGCUUUUGGGUAUGGUCAAGUAAAACACUGACAAGUUGGCGACAGUUUUUCAAUCAUAUACAAGGACGUCAGACCGAGGCGUACGUUUAA